AUGGGGUCUGACAAUAUGGCUGGCUUCGGAGCUCGCAGGUUCAUGCAAGAUAUGUACCAGCAGCAGCACAACUAUCCCCAGCAGAGUGGAAACGACCAUCGUCAUCAUCACCACCAGGCCAACCAUUCAUCGACAGACGCGUCGUAUCGCCGCAACCAAGACAGACGCGCACAUGCGCCGUUCCACGGCAACACCAACCAUAGCUAUCAUCAUAGUCCACCCACUCAGCUGAAUGCACUUCCUGCGACGACGUCGAGAUCCACGUCGUCUUCGCAUCACACGGCGGCUGCCGAUAUACCUCGCUACCCUCAGCAGGCUCGUCACGAGGUGAGAUACGCUCAAGCCGCCCACAAUCACCAGGCGAGGGCAGCAGGAGAUGACGCUGCUGUAGAUUCGCGCAAAGAUGCCACCUCAGCCGCAGCGUGGCGAUCUGAUGGUCUCGAUUCUUCCGCGACCGAUUCGACAGCUCGUCUCGCAUACGAACGCAGCGGCGACAGCAACUAUUCCCUCAGCGAGCAAUCAAACUCCGUUCAGACGGCCAGGCCCAACGCAAGGGCUCAAAUCCCACAGAUCAGGUUGGAGGAUCGAACCACCAUCUACGACGAUGAUUACGAAGAGCCUGCCACCUUACCAACGGUCGAUCCGACUGACGUUACAGCGAAUCCAUCACACCCUCCUGCCGGUGCACUGCUGGACGACGUAUCGGCCGAUGCGUCAUUCAAAAUCGUGCGUGCCACGGUCCUAGAACCUGAUCUGCCGAAGGCCAAAUGUGCCGACUGCGGAGAGCAGCUCGAUUUUGAAGAGCUCGCCAACCACACCUGCCAGCCGUCGAGCGCAGUCCGGCCGCCUUUGUUGACAAUUCAGCUUCCGGCAUCCUCGAGUGAUUCGAGCGUGUCUUCAAGCGCAACGUCGUCUGCUCUGACUACGCCACGGUCGCCGUUCUUUGAUCGAUACGAUUCCUUGGUCAACGACUCGAGGCCCAUGAGCCCGGUCGUCUUCGCAAAGGCCACACACACCGACGCACGUCGUGGAGGGGAUCCUGACGAUGCGACUCCCAAAGCACAUGCGGUCAGGGUCGUGGGCAUGCAGGCGGCGUUCAAGGUAUCGCCUUCAAAGGCAUCCUGUUCCCCCGCUCAGGGGGAGAUUUCGCCGCCGCUGCAACCACCCUCAGUGCAACGAUCAGCGAGCGACACGCAAGCAGACGCGGUAGCGCGACGAAAGAUGAUCGAAGAGCAGAGGGCAGCCAAGGUAAAACACACCAUGACUUCGCCCAUCCCCAGAGCAGCAACGACCUCGAGCCUGGUCCAGCAAAGCAUCUUGACCGAAGACCUGUCGAGGUCAGCUUCGGUGGGAGCCUCGCCUAGCGCAGUUAGAACCGUGAAGGCUGUUUCGCCGACGACAUCAAAACCUCGAUUGGCAGAAUCUCGGACAUCGCCGGAUGCAGAAUCGUUUGAGCAAUCAGGCCCCUCAGCGAAAGGCAGUGGCACGAGUAUAAGAGCCUCGCCGAGUCCUACGGCAUCAAAGCUGCCUCGCGAACGGGGGCAUGUGGACCUGAGUAGCAUCGAGGAGAUGAUGAAGGACUUGACAGCGAGUCCUGAGCCGUUGAAGCGAACGCUGGUCGAUUCGCCACAGAGGCUUGGGCAGAAGGGUACCGUAGCUGCUGACGCGUCUCAACGUCCAAGAGCUGCUGCACCCUCCGGCGAGAGAAGCGAUCGGGAGCGUCUACUGGAGCUGGAGCUGGAACGAAUGCGAGAUAGAGAACGUACGAGGCAGCUGCAGGUGUUGCGGUUCAAGGAGAAGAAGAAGCGGGAACGCGCGGCGAAACGGUGCUGCGUGUGCGACUGCUCGCUCUCAUCGAGUCGAACGCCAUUUGUGGAGCGCGACGGCAAGUUGCUGUGUGCGCGCGAUUGGAAGGAGCUGUACCUGCCGAAAUGUCGCAAGUGCAACCUCAUCGUUGAGAAAGGCGCCGUCAAGUCGUCGGACGGUGCACUUCGCGGCGUGUUUCAUCGAAGCUGCUUCUCGUGCGCGGCGUGCGAGGCGCCAUUCACUGAUGGCAGCUUCUACGUGUUCAACAACCAGCCGUACUGUUCUCGCCACUACCACCGGCUGAACGGCAGUCUCUGCCGCGAGUGCGAGACCGGCAUCGAGGGAGACUGCCGUCAGACGGACGCAGGCGAUCGCUUCCAUCCAACGUGUUUCUGCUGUCAAUACAGUAGUAGCAAGAGAGGCGCGUGUGCGGAGCCGCUGGCGGACUACUACGUCGUAGGCGGUCAACGUCUAUGCGAGCGCCAUGCGGACAAGGUGUCGCGCAAGCUGGUCAGAGCAGGACAGAAACAAGUCGACCUGCGCGCUCAGAAACGCAUGACGAUGCUCCACAGCCUUAGAUAG